UUGUCGUGUCUAGUGUUCGUUCAGGUCAUGUGAUCAUCAAAAUGGCUACCGUGAAACACGUUGUUCUAGAUUCGGGUGCAUUUUUGAGGAAUGCUCCUGUUCAGAAUAUUGGGGAGAAGUUGUACACAAUCAGCGAUGUCAUCCAUGAGAUCAGAGACAAAGCAACGAGGCAGCGUUUGCAGGUGCUUCCUUAUGAGUUGCACUUCAGAGAGCCAACUGCAGAGGCAAUCAAAAUGGUGACAGAUUUCUCCAAGAAGACUGGAGAUUAUCGUAGUCUGUCGGCAGUGGACAUCAGAGUAAUGGCUCUUGUAUAUCAGUUGGAGAAGGAGUUCUGUGGGACAGACCACAUCAAAACAGAACCUGAGAAAAAGGUUGCAUGGUUGGCCAGUGGACGGCCCCUGGAGAAGGCCACUGAGAUUGCAGGCUUCUUUGGGAAUGCUUCAGUGAAGAAGAGUUCAUCGCGCACAGUCUCUGAGUGUUCUGCCAACACUGAUCAGCUGGAGUUGAGAUCUGACGAGGUGACAGAAGGCAUCACUGCAGUGGGAUCUGACGAGGUGACAGAAGGCAUCACUGCAGUGGGGGACAGGUCUGGUCCUGAUGAUUCAGAGACCUCAUCAGCGACUGAAGAUCAUGGACCAGCCCAUCCAAUUGGUGAACUUUAUAAAAAAGAGAUAAUUAUUGCAGACUCUGUCGAAGAAAUAGGUGAACACACUCAUAAUGUAAAUCAUUCUGAUAAUAAAAGUUAUAAACAAGAAGAGAGCUUUGAUGGGGAGACCGUGCAAGAGGAUGCUAUCAGCGAAGAAACAGACAGUGAAAAUGAGGGCAAUGAUGAUGAAGAGCAAGAUGAAGAAGGUGAUGAUGAUGAUGGUGGUGGCUGGAUAACCCCAAGCAAUAUCAAGGCCGUCAAAGAGAAGAUGGGAGGAGAGGGAAUGGAGAAGGCGGAGAUUCAAGUGGGCUGCUUGACCACAGACUUUGCUAUGCAGAAUGUGCUGAUACAGAUGGGUCUAAAUGUGCUGUCAGUGGAUGGGAUGCUCAUCAAAAGAGCCAAGAGUUUUGUGCUGCGCUGUUUCUCCUGCAUGAAGAUCACAACAAACGUACAGAAGCUGUUCUGUCCUCACUGUGGUAACAAGACGCUGACCAAGGUCUCCAUGACAGUCAACGAGGAUGGCUCUGUACGCUACUUCCUGUCACGCAGACGACCCGUCAACACCCAUGGACUGCAGUUCCGUUUGCCCUUACCAAAGGGAGGCAAGCAUGUAGCGAACCCUAUUCUUUUUGAAGAUCAGCAGGUGGCUCAUAAUCGAAUUGGCAGGAAAGCCCGGGCGAAGCAAGACGUUUUUGACCCGGAUUAUGUCGUAAAGACAUCACCAUUUGUGAUCCAUGACGUGACAAGUCGUGCUGCUCAGUUGGGCAUAAAUUCACAGCGCGGUCAGGUGCAUUAUUGGGACAAAAGGAACCCAAAUGAAGUACGCAAAAGGGGCUGCAAGAAAAAAUGAAUGGUUAAGGACUAAUAAAAAUGUUGUUUGCCAAGUUUUAAAUGUUAUAAAUUUUUGUGAAAUGAAUAAAACGAUUGGAAUCCACGAA